GACAGGCUGCAUUCUGAGAUCUCUUUGGCAUUAGCAGUCUGUUCACACCAGCUCUGGGACUUCAGCUCAGCCAUGCCCCCAGACCCCUGCAAGAGAUGCUUCUGGUGGGGGGCUCUCCUCUGGUGGCUCUGCGUUGCCAGCUCAGGGGAUGCACCUCCUACCCAGCAGCCAAAGUGCACUGACUUCCAGAACGCCAACCUCCUCCGAGGCACCAACCUUAAAGUCCAGUUUCUUCUCUUUGUCCCUGCGGAUCCCAGCUGUGGGCAGCUGGUAGAAGAGAGCAGUGACAUCCAAAACUCUGGGUUCAAUGCCACUCUGGGAACCAAACUGAUUAUUCAUGGAUUCAGGGCUUUAGGAACAAAGCCUUCCUGGAUCGACAGAUUCAUUAGCGUCCUCCUGCGUGCAGCGGACGCUAACGUGAUUGCCGUGGACUGGGUGUAUGGCUCCACAGGCGUCUACUUCUCAGCGGUGGAAAACGUGGUGAGGCUGAGCCUGGAGAUCUCCCGCUUCCUCAGCAAACUCCUGGUGCUGGGUGUGUCGGAGUCCUCCAUCCACAUCAUUGGUGUUAGCCUGGGGGCCCACGUUGCGGGCAUGGUGGGACAUUUCUACAAAGGCCAGUUAGGACGCAUCACAGGCCUGGACCCCGCCGGGCCGGAGUACACCAGAGCCAGCCUGGAGGAGCGCCUGGAUGCUGGAGACGCCCUCUUCGUGGAAGCCAUCCACACAGACACCGACAAUUUAGGCAUUCGGAUUCCUGUCGGACACGUGGACUACUUUGUCAAUGGAGGCCAAGACCAACCUGGCUGUCCCCUGUUCAUUCACGCAGGUUACAGUUAUCUGAUCUGUGAUCACAUGCGGGCUGUGCAUCUCUACAUCAGUGCCCUGGAGAACUCCUGUCCACUGAUGGCCUUUCCCUGUGCCAGCUACAAGGCCUUCCUGGAGGGACAGUGUCUGGAUUGCUUUAACCCUUUUCUCCUCUCUUGCCCAAGGAUAGGACUGGCGGAACAAGGUGGUAUCAAGAUAGAACCACUUCCCAAGGAAGUGAGAGUUUACCUCCUCACCACCUCCAAGGCCCCAUACUGUGUGCAUCACAGUCUCGUGGAGUUUUACUUGCAGGAGCCAAGAAAAAAGGACACCAGCAUAGAGGUCACCUUCCUUGGCAGCAAUGUCACCUCGUCCGUCAAGAUCACCAUACCUAGGCAUCAAUCCCAGGGGAAGGGAAUCAUAGCCUACCCCAACCCGUCGUGCCAGAUAAACCAGGUGAAGCUCAAGUUUCAGGCUUCCAGCCGGAUGUGGAAAAAAGACCGGACCACUACCAUCGUCGGGAGCUUCUGCACGUCCCUUCUACCUGUGCACGACAGUAAAAAGACUGUCUGCUUACCUGAGCCAGUGACCUUGCAAGCCAGUGUGGCUGUUUCUCAUGCCCUGAAAAUAGCCUGUGUAUAGAAGAAGCCUGAGCAGGACACAGCUCCCUGGAUUUGUUCCCCCCACCCCCUACCCAGGACAGUGUGUGUCUGUGUGUGUGUGCACAUG